ACUAUUUUAAAUUUAAAUUUCUAUUUUUAUGUAUUAUAAAAUGGAUCGCCGAGGAAAAAUGUCAUGCCAGUGAUCAUGACAUAACGACUCACUUCUCCAGAACCAUACACCUUACUAGAAACUACAUGCUGUACCAGCAGCGAGAUCAUUUAAAGACAUUUCUUCUCCAUUUAGAAUAUUUAUUGCUUUGUACAUGGGCGUAAUCAAUGCUUUCUAUCGAAAUUUUGAAGUCCUUCUUUAGGAAAGAUCCUACCAACAUGUUUGUUUCAAUUGCACUCAGUUCUUUUCUUCUGGUAUUGUUUUUUGGAAUAUUUUUUUACACUUAUUUAAUUCGAUCACACUGCCCAAGGAAGCAGAUCGAGGGAGAAAAUCGUUGUGUAUAUAUAGUAGAUGGUCGUAAAGAAUACAAAACAUUGAAGAGGAACGUUGAUGACCAGCAAAUACGAUUAACCGUGGUUAUUCCUGCAUACAAUGAGUCAGAUAGAAUAGUUGAUAUGCUGAAAGAAACGGUAGAUCAUCUAGAGAAAUACUACCGAACCUUUGGUAAUCGGGGAAAACGUUUAUGGGAAGUUCUUGUGAUCGAUGACGAAAGUACAGAUUCAACAGUGGAUUCAGUGUUACGGUUUUCUGGUUCUCUGGAUUUGGGAGAUCAUGUUCGUGUUUGUUCACUCAAGAAAAAUCGGGGGAAAGGAGGUGCAGUUACCUGGGGUAUGCUUCAUGCUCGUGGACAAUAUGCUAUAUUUGCAGAUGCUGAUGGCGCAUCCAAGUUUUCCGAUAUCGAACUACUGUUUGAAAGCAUGCCGAAGAAUGCUAUUGGGGGAGUCGUCAUUGGUUCUCGUGCCCAUAUGGUAAAUACUGAAGCAGUUGUGAAACGUUCGUUUAUACGUAAUUUUUUGAUGCAUUCUUUCCAUAAGCUGUUGCAAAUUCUGGGGGUUCGUGAAAUAGGCGACACACAAUGCGGUUUCAAACUGUUUUCACGCUUUGCAUAUCAAAACAUAUUCUCUCGAAUGCAUGUUGAAGGCUGGAUUUUUGACAUUGAAGUUCUAACUCUUGCGCGUUUUCUUCAAUUACCGAUCUACGAAAUUCCAAUUACUUGGCACGAAGUCGGUGGUAGUAAGAUGACUUUAUUGAAAGAUAGUAUUCGAAUGGCGAUCGAUCUGCUCGUCAUUCGAUUGAAUUACUCCUUUGGCAUAUGGCAACGACCAAAGCCGAAAUACGCCUAAUGUUCUUUAAUUCACUCAUAUUUAUUGGUUAUGUGUGGAUUUGUUUUAGCCUUUCUCCUUAAUAGUAAUUUGGUACGUUCUGUUUGCUGCAAUAAAAAUAAGAUGUACCAAAACAGUAGGUUCUGGGAGCGCUGAAUGAGGAUAUUUUCUUCUCUUACUUUUAUUGACCCUUCGUUUUUUAAUAAACAAGAAGAUAAUUUAGAAGCCUUCUUCACAAACAAAUUAUCUUGCACGGUUUCUCCGAAAAAUCUCGUCAUUCGUUUUUUCAUGUUCAUUUUCUUGGUUUUUUACAAAUACAUACAAGUUCGUCUGGCUCUUCCUCUAACAAGUUGACAAGAGUGAUCGUUGGAAGUACAUCAUGAGCCUUAAUGAUCUUUGUAUAAAACAGCUUUGUUUUAUUUUACCGACUGCUGCUUCAAAUUCAAUCUCGUGAAGAUGGAGCUGGCUUGAUGAUGAGUUCCAUUUAUUUAUCUUUUGUUCAUAUUCACAUUCUAAAGGAUAGAAACAGAAUUAUUAAACCUUCCGGCAAUACAAAACAAUCAAUUGCUUAAAGGACUUAAUUUAAUUCAGUAUCUUUGUAUAGUAUUCUGUCUUUAUUACACGGUA